CUCGUCACAAAAGUCAGCCGGUAGGGACUAGGGAGAUCUUCGGCUCUUCGUCUCUGCCUUCUUCAUCCGAUCGAUCGUGCGGCCAUCUUCAUCCCCUCUGUCUGGAGACUCACAAUGUCAGAAGGUCAAUCUAACCUAGAGGAAAACAGAGAACUUAGAAGUGAUGGACAAGAAUCACAAGAUGGGUUUCAAAGUACAGAGAGUAGCCGAACAGAUUUAAGAAAACCCAUGGGCAAGCGAUCUCUUUCUUGGGGCCACUUUACUGUCUACUUUACGAAAGACAAAAAGCGAAGAGCUCAAUGUACAAGACACAAGAUGCUGAUUUUAGAGCUGAUUUUUCACCCAAAGGAGUGCAUGGAGAUCCAGGUUUUCCUUUAAACACUGAUUGGGUUGUGGUUGAAAGGCUUGUGAAAGUCUUGCGUAAUUUUUAUGAGCUCACAAAAAGGAUAUCUGGUUGUACAUAUGUGACAUCAAACACAUUUUUGGAUGAACUUAGUGAUAUGGAUGAGCUCAUCAAAGAAUGGGUUUUGAGUAGUGACAAAGAUUUAGCAAAUAUGGCGUUUAGUAUGAAGUCAAAGUUUGACAAGUAUUGGGGAAAUGUGGAGAAAAUGAAUAAGUUAUUAUACAUUUCUGAUGUCCUUGACCCUCGCCACAAUGAAUUAUUUGAAAUACGUUCUAAAGAACAUGCAUGGGGAACUUGUUGGAGGGAAUUUGACGGAAUCAAUAGAUAAGGCACUAGUUGAAAUUUUUAAUGUGUAUAAGUCCAUGUAUUCCACUCCAACCUCCUCUGUCACUUCUCUAGAUCCUUCAAAUACUUCAUCUGGUACACAUGGUGCUUUUGAAAGUGACAUGGCAGAAAGAAAAAACAUAAGACUCCACAAAAAAAGGUAUAUGCAAAUGUUAUCGGAAAUUGGAGUGUGUGAUCAAUCUGAGUUGGACUUAAGAAGAAUUUUGUCAAAAACUCGAGAAAGAGUUGGUGAUAAACCAUGGAGUUGACACUAAUAUUCUUGGAUUAUGAUUACCCCUUGGAUUGGAGUCUAGUAUUAGAAUUGUUAGAAGCAUUGGAAAUCUGAAGUUGUUGGAGAAUGAAUAUCAUGAAAUAAUAAAUGUUUUUUGGAAUGGACAAUUGUAUUAUUUCUACAACUAUUUUGUAUUGUAUUAUGUGAUGGAUCUAAUUGUGUUUUG